GUGCGGCCAACAUGGCGACGCAGUGCUGAGAGAGCAGCGUCCAACUGGCCCCGACGGAACCAGCGACAACAUCGGCCCCUCCUGGCACCUUCACGCCCCUGCCAAACCGCAGGGAACGGGCCAGGGAUGACGGCCUGACGGACCACUAAAAUCACGUCGAGCAAGAGAUGAAAGAACAGGAAGCGCUGGCAACACAUCGACGGCAUACGCAGACAGAAAGCCUGAGCACCAAGAGCAUGUUUCUGUCUCGGGCGCUGGAGAAAAUCCUCGCGGAUAAAGAGGUGAAGCGGAGCCAGCACAACCAGCUGCGCAAGGCUUGUCAAGUGGCGCUAGAUGAAAUCAAGCAUGAACUGGAAAAGCAGAAGGACGGCACUGUUGUUCCUCCCAGAGCCAACUACAUUGAGGCUGACAAAUAUGUCCUGCCUUUUGAGCUGGCAUGUCAGUCCAAGUCUCCACGUAUCGUCAGUACGUCUCUCGAUUGCCUACAGAAACUCAUUGCGUAUGGGCACAUCACAGGAAACGCCCCUGACAGCGCAGCUCCGGGAAAGCGACUGAUUGACCGUCUGGUGGAGACCAUCUGUAACUGCUUUCAGGGACCCCAGACUGAUGAGGGCGUGCAGCUUCAGAUCAUUAAGGCUCUGCUGACCGCAGUGACAUCACCACACAUAGAGAUCCAUGAGGGGACGAUUCUGCUAACUGUGCGCACCUGUUACAACAUCUACCUGGCCAGCCGUAAUCUGAUCAACCAGACCACGGCCAAGGCCACUCUCACACAGAUGCUCAAUGUCAUCUUUACCCGUAUGGAGAAUCAGGCGGCUUUAGAAGCUCAGGAAGCAGAGAAGGAGCGGCAGCGUCUACAGCUGCGCAACCCUUCCCCAGUGUCCAGUAACCCUUCACCUGUCAACCAAAACCCUUCUCCAACUCCUGGUCGGGGAUCGGGAUCCCCAUGGAUGGGACGAGCCCGCUCUGAACAGAACGGUUCGCUUUCUCUCAGCCCUCCUGGGGUCCCUUCUACUCCCUCCACCCCUCAAGACUCAUCCUCCAUCAACGGCCAGCCAGAGGAGUUCAAAUCAGAGGAGGAGUUUGCCACAAGUAAACAGAGCACCAAGGACAUUACACAUCCAGAUGAGGAGCUUCAGGAGUCAGACCAAAGGACUGUCGAUGCUUCUGUGACUGGAGGUGUUGAAGGAGAAGAUACACAUCCGCAGUCUGAAACAGAAGCAGGUUCUGAGGUCCUGGAGGAGACAGAGCCGGACAGUGGACUGGGAGACAGCUCUGUGGAAGGAGGAUUAGAUCAACAUUCUGACUCAGAAACCAGAGUGCUGCCCCCUGUUGUCCGAGUUGACAUACAGCAGAUGAAUGGAAUGGUGGAUGACCGCGGCUCAGAGUCCUCCACAGACAUGCUGGAUGCAGAAAGCAUUCAUGGCAGUCAAACAGCUGCGCGCUUCUCCCACAUUCUCCAGAAAGACGCCUUUCUUGUGUUUCGCUCUCUCUGCAAGCUCUCCAUGAAGCCUCUCGCUGAUGGACCACCAGACCCAAAGUCUCAUGAGUUGCGCUCUAAGGUUGUUUCUCUGCAGCUGUUGCUGUCGGUGCUGCAGGGCGCUGGACCUGUAUUUCGAACCCAUGAGAUGUUUGUGAACGCCAUCAAACAAUACCUGUGUGUGGCGCUCUCUAAAAACGGGGUCUCCUCUGUGCCUGAAGUAUUUGAACUGUCUCUUGCCAUCUUCCUCACCUUGCUCUCCCACUUCAAAGUGCACCUUAAGAUGCAGAUCGAGGUGUUCUUCAGGGAGAUCUUUCUGACAAUCCUGGAGACAUCGUCUAGCUCUUUUGAGCACAAGUGGAUGGUCAUUCAGACUCUAACGCGAAUAUGUGCAGAUGCACAGUGUGUUGUGGAUAUUUAUGUUAACUAUGACUGUGAUCUCAACGCUGCAAACAUUUUUGAGCGGCUGGUAAAUGACCUGUCUAAAAUCGCCCAGGGGAGAAGUGGACAGGAGCUCGGCAUGACCCCAUUACAGGAGCUGAGUUUGAGAAAGAAAGGCCUGGAGUGUCUGGUGUCCAUUUUGAAGUGCAUGGUGGAAUGGAGCAGAGACAUGUACGUCAACCCCAACCUGCAGGCUAACCUUGGUCAAGAACGUCCAGCAGAGGGCGACAGUGCUGACGUGAAGCUGCCUGAGCAUCUCUCGUCUCGCAGAGAUAGCGUGAGCUCUCUGGACUCCACCGUGUCGUCUGGAGUUCAGCAAUCUCAGCCUGAUCACCCCGAGCAGUAUGAGGUCAUCAAGCAGCAGAAGGAGAUCAUCGAGCAUGGCAUUGAGCUGUUUAACAAGAAACCAAAAAGGGGAUUGCAAUACCUGCAGGAGCAAGGCAUGCUGGGAACUUCACCAGAGGACAUUGCACAGUUCCUGCAACAGGAGGAGCGAUUAGACACGACUCAGGUUGGCGAGUUUCUGGGUGAGAAUGUGAAGUUUAAUAAGGAGGUGAUGUACUGCUACGUGGACCGACUGGACUUUUGUGGCAAAGACUUUGUGUCCGCGCUUCGUGCCUUCCUGGAGGGGUUCAGGCUUCCGGGUGAAGCCCAGAAAAUUGAUCGGCUGAUGGAGAAGUUUGCCGCCCGCUACCUGGAGUGCAAUCAGGGGCAGACUCUGUUUGCCAGCGCCGACACUGCUUACGUUCUGGCCUACUCCAUCAUCAUGUUAACCACCGACCUGCACAGUCCACAGGUGAAGAACAAGAUGACGAAGGAGCAGUACAUAAAAAUGAACCGUGGCAUUAAUGACUCUAAAGACCUGCCUGAGGAGUAUCUGUCCUCUAUCUACGACGAAAUAGCAGGCAAGAAGAUUGCCAUGAAGGAGAGCAAGGAGUACUCCAUCACUCCCAAAUCCAGCAAGCAGAAUGUAGCCAAUGAGAAGCAGAGAAGGCUGCUGUAUAACAUGGAGAUGGAGCAGAUGGCUAAAACAGCUAAAGCUCUGAUGGAGGCAGUCAGUCACGCUCAGGCCCCCUUCUUCAGUGCCACUCACCUAGAGCACGUCCGGCCCAUGUUCAAGCUGGCCUGGACUCCCUUGUUGGCUGCGUUCAGUGUCGGCCUUCAGGAUUGUGAUGAUCAGGAUGUGGCGUCUCUGUGCCUGGAGGGGAUUCGCUGUGCUAUCAGGAUUGCCUGCAUCUUUAAUAUGCAGUUGGAAAGAGAUGCUUAUAUCCAGGCCUUGGCCCGGUUUACACUGCUCACUGCCAGCUCAAGUAUCACAGAGAUGAAGCAGAAGAACAUUGACACCAUAAAAACUCUUAUAAUGGUCGCCCACACUGACGGAAACUACCUGGGAAACUCCUGGCAUGAGAUUUUGCGGUGUAUCAGUCAGCUGGAGCUGGCUCAGUUGAUUGGAACAGGGGUGAAGAUGCGUAUCUCCGGUGUGGUCCGGGACCAGGGAGGCGGUAUAAAGGGCUUCCCAUCAGGCGGAGAGGAAUUCAUGCCCCUCGGCUUAGGUACUCUGGUUGGAGGUCCAGACAAGCGUCAGAUGGCUCAUAUCCAGGAGUCAGUAGGGGAGACCAGCUCUCAGAGUGUUGUGGUGGCUGUUGACAGAAUCUUCACUGGAUCCACCAGGCUUGACGGAAAUGCAAUCGUGGACUUUGUGCGAUGGCUGUGUGCCGUGUCCAUGGACGAACUGGCCUCGGCUCAUCAGCCUCGCAUGUUCAGUCUGCAGAAGAUUGUGGAGAUCUCGUACUACAACAUGAACCGCAUCCGGCUGCAGUGGUCACGCAUUUGGCAGGUCAUUGGAGAUCAUUUCAACAAGGUUGGUUGUAACCCAAAUGAGGAUGUAGCCAUCUUUGCCGUGGACUCCCUGAGACAACUUUCCAUGAAGUUUUUAGAGAAAGGUGAACUGGCCAAUUUCCGCUUCCAAAAGGACUUUCUAAGGCCAUUCGAGCACAUCGUGAAGAAGAACAGGUCACCCACUAUCCGGGACAUGGUGAUACGUUGUGUGGCUCAGAUGGUCAACUCUCAGGCUGCUAAUAUCCGCUCUGGCUGGAAAAACAUCUUCUCUGUGUUUCAUCAAGCAGCAUCAGAUCAUGAUGAGAACAUUGUGGAUCUUGCGUUUCAGACCACAGGGCACAUAGUUAUGAACACAUAGCAGCAUUUUGCAGCUGCCAUUGACUCCUUCCAGGAUGCAGUGAAGUGUUUGUCGGAGUUUGUGUGUAACGCUGCGUUUCCUGACACCAGUAUGGAAGCCAUUCGGCUAAUUCGCCACUGUGCUAAAUAUGUGUCUGAAAGGCCGCAGGCCCUGAGGGAGUAUACUAGUGACGACAUGAACGUGGCCCCUGGUGACAGGGUUUGGGUGCGAGGCUGGUUCCCCAUCCUGUUUGAGCUUUCCUGCAUCAUCAACCGCUGCAAACUAGAUGUUCGGACCAGGGGACUGACUGUCAUGUUUGAGAUCAUGAAGAGUUACGGACACACCUUUGAGAAGCACUGGUGGCAUGAUCUCUUUCGCAUCAUCCGAAUAUUCGACAACAUGAAGCUCCCCGAGCAGCAGACUGAAAAAACGGAGUGGAUGACGACGACAUGUAACCACGCUCUCUACGCCAUCUGCGACGUGUUCACGCAGUUCUACGAGCCUCUGAGUGAAGUGCUGCUGGCGGACAUUUUUGCGCAGCUGCAGUGGUGCGUCAAACAAGAUAAUGAGCAGCUGGCACGCUCGGGCACGAACUGUCUGGAGAACCUGGUGAUCCUGAACGGGGAGAAGUUCAGUCCGGAGGUGUGGGACGUCACCUGCUCCUGCAUGCUGGACAUCUUCCAGACCACCAGCCCUCAUGCCUUGCUGACAUGGAGACCAGCUGGACAGGAAGAGGAGGUGGGAGAAGGGAAACACAUGGAUGUUGAGGUGGAUUCCCAGUCACAGAGCAGCUUUGAGAGAACUCUGUCAGAGAGAGGCCACAGUCAAAUGUCCACCGCCAGCGAUGAAACAUGGAAAGGAAAGUCCCACACCAGGGUUUCGGACCACAGGCUGUUUGCAGGGCUGCUUAUAAAGUGCGUCGUACAGCUGGAGUUGAUUCAGACAAUAGACAACAUUGUAUUCUACCCUGCUACCAGCAAGAGAGAAGAUGCUGAGAACAUGGCCGCCGCUCAGCGAGAUGCACUUGAGCAGGCAGAAGAGGGAGAGGCGGAGGUGGAUCAGGGCAUGUACAGACACCUGUCGUCCCAGCACCUCUUCAAACUGCUCGACUGCCUCCUCGAGUCCCACAGGUUCGCCAAGGACUUCAACUCCAACAAUGAGCAGCGCACGGCCCUCUGGAGAGCAGGCUUUAAGGGGAAGUCAAAACCGAAUCUUCUGAAGCAGGAGACCAGCAGUCUGGCCUGCAGUCUGAGGAUCCUCUUUCGCAUGUACUCCGACACGCAGCUGCGAGACUCCUGGCCAGACAUCCAGACACGUCUGCUGCAUGUGUGCAGUGAAGCCCUGGCGUACUUUAUCAGUCUGACCUCAGAGAGUCAUCGCGAAGCGUGGACAAGUCUCCUGCUGCUGCUGCUCACCCGCACACUCCGACUACCUGAUGAUAAAUUCAAGCCUCAUGCCUCCUGCUACUACCACCAUCUGUGUGAGAUGAUGCAGUUCGACCUCAUUCCGGAGCUCCGCGCUGUUUUGCGGCGAUUUUUCCUCCGCAUCGGUUCCGUCUUCCACAUCGCUGCUCCCGAACUGGGCCAAGCACAGCCUUCAUCAUCAUCAUCAUCAUCAUCAUAAAGCGGAAGAGAACGGAAAUGAACUGGGAAGAAAGCAAGACUGCAGCAUGGAUGGACACAGAACGACUGUCCUGAACGCUUUCUCCGAACGCCAGCUGUGAUGAGAGAACAGCACUGUGACGCUUCUGCUCCGUCAUCCACACACGAGUCACGUGCGCUUCUUUUUAGGUUUGACUUCCUUCAGGAUUGCUGCCACCGUAAUUUAUUACCAGUACUGCUGUGUAUCUGAUUUCUGAUCGUCUGCUGAUUUCAUCUUUGUGUUCUGAUCUGUUCAUUGUUUGACUGUUUUUCUCAAAGAAACAAACAUGCAGAGACGAGAUCAACCUCUGAGACACCCAGUGAGCAAUGGCCGUUUACGUUUACUGAUUGAAUGAUCAUCUCAGAUUAAUUUAAAGCCGUUAAAAUGAUUUUAGUUUGUGGGGAAAGACUUUGAUUUGGAGUCACAGUAAAACACACGUUAUCAUAAGAAUGCAACAGUUCCUUUCAAAGCAUCUGGUGUUGAUCCACACAUAUACACACACACACUACCAUUCCACACAUCAUGCCUUUCAUCAGAUUUAGGACUGUGAUUUCAAGGGUUUGUUCAUUGUUUUCAUAUUUAUCAAAAUCUUAAGACAUCUAAUGAAUAUUAUUUAAUUUUACUGCACUAAAGUUUGCUUUAAUAAUAGAUUUUUUUUUAAUUGUUCAUUUUUUGCAAGUGCUGCUUGCUCUUGAUUCAGAGUCUGACUGAAUUGACAAGUCUACGCAAUGGGGAGUCAUUAGAAAAGA